ACAUAUAGUCUGUGAAGCGCAGAUUCUGGAAAGCCAAGAGAGAAAGAGGAUUUAUUCUUUAUUUCUAAACAACACUCGAAGUAUCUGUCAUUUGAGAUAAGAAAAAAUGGAGCCGUCAGCCAGUCCAGCGAAGGAUAACCACAGGAUGAACAGCUACAAGAACAAAGCCCUGAAUGUGGAGGAGAUGAGACGCAGGAGAGAGGAGGAGGGUGUCCAGCUGAGGAAGCAGAAACGAGAACAACAGCUGUUCAAGAGGAGAAACGUUGACGUGUUGAACGAGGAGGGAGUCAUGUUUGAGAGUCCCCUGGUCGACUCGUAUGUGGACUCCACAGCCACAGAGGAAGGUGUCCUAACGAGACGCCUGGUGGAAAUGCUCUUCUCAGAGGACCCAGAGCUGCAACUCACCACCACACAGUCGUUCAGGAAACUACUGUCCAAAGAACCCAAUCCACCUAUUGACGAGGUCAUCAACACCCCAGGCAUUGUAGAGAGGUUUGUAGAGUUCCUCAAGAUGAGCGUCAACUGCACAUUACAGUUUGAGGCAGCCUGGGCCUUGACCAACAUAGCAUCAGGUACAUCCAUGCAGACGAACAUAGUAAUCGAGGCAGGAGCAGUCCCCAUCUUUAUAGAACUACUCACCUCGGACUUUGAAGAUGUUCAGGAACAGGCAGUGUGGGCUUUGGGUAACAUAGCAGGGGACAGUGCAGUGUGCAGAGACUACGUACUCAACUGUAAUAUCCUGCCACCACUAUUAAUGCUUCUGACUAAAUCCACCAGACUGAGCAUGACCAGGAAUGCAGUGUGGGCUCUGUCUAACCUGUGCAGGGGGAAGAGCCCCCCACCUGUAUUUGAGAAGGUGUCCCCUUGUCUGCAGGUCCUGUCUAGACUGUUGUUCAGCAGUGAUUCAGAUCUGUUAGCAGAUGCUUGCUGGGCUCUGUCCUACCUCUCUGACGGACCCAACGAGAAGAUCCAGGCUGUCAUCGACUCCGGCGUCUGCAGGCGCCUCGUAGAGCUGCUCAUGCACACGGACUACAAGGUGGCGUCUCCUGCUCUGAGAGCAGUGGGGAACAUCGUCACUGGAGACGACAUCCAGACGCAGGUGGUGUUGAACUGUUCAGCCCUGCCCUGUCUGCUCCACCUGCUGAGUAGUCCUAAAGAAUCCAUCCGGAAAGAGGCCUGCUGGACCGUCUCCAACAUCACCGCUGGCAACAGGGCUCAGAUACAGACGGUGAUCGACGCCAACAUCUUCCCUGUGCUGAUCGACAUCCUGCAGAAGGCAGAGUUCAGAACCAGGAAGGAAGCAGCCUGGGCCAUUACUAACGCCACCUCUGGGGGAACACCAGAACAGAUCAGGUACCUGGUGAACCUGGGCUGUAUCAAGCCUCUGUGUGACCUGUUGACGGUGAUGGACAGUAAGAUAGUCCAGGUGUCUCUGAACGGUCUGGAGAACAUUCUGCGACUGGGAGACCAAGAGGCCAAGCAGGAUGCAGGACCCAGUGGUACUGGCGUCAACCCCUACUGCUCUCUCAUAGAGGAGGCCUAUGGUCUGGAUAAGAUCGAGUUCCUUCAGAGCCAUGAGAACCAAGAGAUCUACCAGAAGGCCUUUGAUCUGAUAGAGCACUACUUUGGAGUGGAGGAGGAGGACCAGAACCUGGCUCCUCAGGUAGACCAGGUCAACCAGCAGUUCCUCUUCCCCCAGCAGGAAGCACCCAUGGAGGGCUUCCAGCUAUAACGCCCUCCCUUCCCUUUGGUUCAUCCAAACAUCACUCAUUUACCCAUGGAUCCCAUUGGAAGGCUUUCGGUUAACUUCUUCCCCCAUAUCCCCUACCAAUGGAGGGUUUUGAGGUAAAUUAGGGUCCCUGUGUCCCUCCAACCACCACCCAUCCUAUAUGCCCGUGGCUAGCUCUGCUACCCCAACCUCUACUGAUGCAGGGCCUCCUGUACCCUAUCCUUUCUCCACUGUGACCUUCCAGGCUCAACCGUGGAAGAUAGAACGUUCUCCUCUCCCUCCUAUCCCAUGGAAGGCUUUAUCCAACCUAUAUUACCCAAUCCCCGUGAGCGUGUCUACCUACCCAAACAGAUCAGAGACUUCUAACAGAACACCACGCCUCGGCCGAGGAGCCAAUCGGAGAGCUGAACUCGCACCACAUGACCUGAUGAUUAAAACACAGCUCUUCCAGAUCAGUGAUCACACACCAGGGCAGUGAUCACACACCAGGGCAAUGAUCACACACCAGGGCAGUGAUCACACACCAGGGCAGUGAUCACACACCAGGGCAGGUUUGAAACGCGUAGAUACAUUGAGAAAUACCGCCAGUACUGUUGAUAGUCCUGAUUCUCUUCUGACAGUAGCAGUGGCUUGUUGUGGUUUUUACUGCUCCCUGUCGGCCCUUAGGGAUGACCUUUUAGGAUGGGGGGGGGGUCAAAUCUCACCUCGAGUGAUGAGUGUUAUUUCUCUUAUUUAUCCUUUCCCCUCAUUUAGCUUUUGUCAGCCCUGUUCCCCCCCCCCGGCCUGUUCUGAAGCACAUCCCCGUGUACCACCUGAAGACUAGUGUCCCCAGACUGAAGACUACCUUACUGUUAGCAAUAGAAGUCAGAGGCCAAACCCUCAUUCACAUUGGUUUCUGUCUGAUCAGACAUACAGGGUUCCACUAGAACAAUUCUGGGGAUUCUUUGUAAUUCUAGAAUUAUGGUUUGGAGUGUUGACCCAAGGUUCUCUCCUUCUAGAACUGACGGUCCUUUCUCUGCUAUUUAAUUUCCUACAACUUUUAGCAACUUUUUGUUUGUUUGCAUCAGAUGAUUUCUUGGACCUGGGGAGGGAUGACGAGGGUGGAGCAAAAUGUUGGGGUCUAACUCGUAAAAUCAGGGAAACUUCUGGGCGUCGAUGGGGAAGGGGAUUUAAGGUGAGGGGGGG